UAAUUCUCACGUUUGGGUGUACUAUACCUUUAAGCUGGUAGUAAAAUGACACAUAAGUUACAGUUAGCGGUUGUGUAUAGCCGGACUCAGUAAAUAAGUGUCUAUGAAGGGGUGACGUCAGAGGUGGAGAUGUCAUGGCGUCGUCGGAGCUGAGACUGGAGCUUGCCAUCUAGUUAAAGGUUGUCGUCGAUGCGCUCAGCGAAAUGGAGAAGAAUGCAAACCCUCAUCGAGACGCGGGAGGAAGUGUCCUGUGCACCGCUAUCCCCGCAGAACCCGCGGAUAUCAAAACAGUGGGCGGAAUGAAAGAUGUCUGCGAGAAGAGAGAGACUUUGAGUACUUGUGCAAGUGCUAGUGGUGCUAAUGCUACACCCUGCACACAGACAUUAGAUGCUGCUGAGACAGGGACCAAGAGCGUUUUACCAGAGGCACUGUCUGCGGCGGAUCAGCUGAGCAACGGGAUGGGACACGAACCGUCGACGACCGCUGCUGGGAAUGAGGAGGGUGGCACCUCAAAGUUAGUAAACAACCUCCUCACGGGAGUGCAACCCGACAUCAGUAACGUGCAAGCGGACGGUUUGGAUGGAGGGGUGCAAGAAGCGACGAAGCUGGCCAAGUCUGCCUGUUUGUCCUCGGACAAAGCAAAAUCCGCGAGCUCGAAUUCAAACGAUCACACCGUGUCCGAGGGUCCUCCGAGCGGGAGUGAGCCCAGCAUCGCAGGGGAGUCCCGCAGCUUUGAUUCACUGGAGUCCUUCUCCAACCUCAACUCCUGUCCGAGUUCAGACCUCAACAGCGAGGAGCUGGAGGACAAGGGGCUGACUCUGGCGAUUCAGAGUGAAUACGGGGCUGAGGGAACCAAAAUCCCCUGUCCUAAAGACAGGGUGGCCGGUCAGUCGUUGUACCACAUCAAGUGGAUAAAGUGGAAGGAGGAGAACACGCCUAUCAUCACACAGAACGAGAACGGGCCGUGUCCGCUGCUGGCUAUUAUGAAUGUCCUGCUAUUGUCAUGGAAGGUCAAGCUGCCACCAAUGAUGGAGAUAAUAACAGCAGAGCAGCUGAUGGAAUAUCUAGGAGACUAUAUCCUUGAAGCCAAGCCAAAAGAGAUCUCGGAGGCUCAGCGGCUGAACUACGAACAGAAUAUGAGUGAUGCUAUGGCAGUGCUGCAUAAACUGCAGACAGGUCUGGAUGUAAACGUUAAGUUCACAGGGGUGCGGGUAUUCGAAUACACACCCGAAUGCAUCGUCUUUGACCUGCUGGAUAUCCCACUCUACCACGGAUGGCUGGUUGACCCACAGAUGGCUGAUAUAGUUAAGGCAGUGGGGAACUGCAGCUAUAACCAGUUGGUAGAGAAGAUAAUCAGCUGUAAGCAGUCAGACAACAGCGAGCUGGCUGGGGAAGGUUUUGUGGCAGAGCAGUUUCUGAACAGCACAGCGACUCAGCUCACAUACCACGGCCUGUGUGAACUCACUUCUACCGUACAAGAGGGAGAACUGUGUGUCUUCUUCAGGAACAAUCACUUCAGCACCAUGACCAAAUUUAAGGCCCAGCUGUACCUGCUGGUAACGGAUCAGGGGUUUCUCACUGAGGAGAAAGUGGUUUGGGAAAGUCUGCAUAAUGUCGACGGAGAUGGAAACUUCUGCGACUCAGAGUUCCAUCUGAGGCCGCCCUCUGACCCGGAAACUGUGUACAGUGGUCAGCAAGACCAGAUCGACCAGGACUACCUGAUGGCGCUGUCCCUACAGCAGGAACAGCAGGCCUCAGACCUGGGUUGGGAACAGAUCCCAGAAGGCAUCAGUGAUCUAGAGCUGGCCAAGAAGCUGCAGGAGGAGGAGGACCGCAGAGCGUCACAGUACUAUCAGGAGCAGGAACAGGCAGCAGCAGCAGCGGCUGCGCAGGCACAGGGACAACAACCAGCAGCGGGUGCCGACCAGGUGGAUAGAGCAGCAGCCGCUGGAGCCUCAGCGGGGGGAGCCACGGCUUCUCCAAGCCCAGGCAAACAGCCCUCAACGGGGGAACGCAAACCCAAGAAAGAAGCCAAGGACAAAGACAAAUGCAUCUUGUUGUAACAGCAGUGGACUCUGUGUGGAGUGUGAAACGGGCAGCAGUUUAAAUCCAGUGGCUCUGCAAUGCAUCUCCCAGCGUGAGGUGGAGAAAGUAUAGGCGACAGUGAUGAAGUGUGACAGAUGGAGAGAACUUGCCAUUCUCAAGCCACUUGUGCCUGACUUUAACCCUCAGAGUUCUGAAGAUGCAGACAAGAAGAGAGGGGUGUCACUACAAGGACUAUCACUACAUCUUUCGUAGAGCUGGCCAAAUGUUCUCAGCAGGAAAUCCACUGCAGUGCACUAUAUUGGUGUGGGGUCACCAGGGAGGGUGGGUUUUUGUAGUAAAACAAGGUAAUGUACACAUAGCACUAGGCAAAAAAGUACCCCCCUCCCUCCAAAAAAACGAAACAACAAAAACCGAUGGGAAAAAAACAUGGCACAACUUUUUUCAUCAUACAAAGCAUUUUCUUUUUUGUGUUGAUUUCCGUUAUUGCUGUUGUUUAUAAGCUAUUUUAUACCAGUUUACCCGUAUAUAUGCAUAUGUAGAUUUGUUGUAUUGGUCAGUUUCUGUUGUUUGACUGAAGGAUAUCUGAGAUCUUUUAAUGAAAGGCCGUUCACAUGAGCAGGUAGCAAGCCAACAGGUCGCUUGGCAAAGGUGAUGUCUCAGUACAUGAUGUAGGCCACCAUAGUUUUUUGCCUGGCAGUUUGAUGCCAAAUUUUUCAUUGUUGAUAUUUUAGAAGUAACUUCCUUUUUAGAGAGUGAGAUCUUGAUAAAACAAAUGCAUUCAAAAAGGGUUUCCUUAUUAGGCAGUUGAAACUGGACAAUAACUGUUAAUAUCAGUGAGCAACUGACACUACCAUUCAUGUAAAUAGCUUUAAAAUAUCAAAAUCAGUAGGUUAUAUAAAAAUACAUGGUCAAGUU